AUGCCGCCGUGGGUGCCCGACGUGCCCGAGCGGAAGCCCCUGCUGCAUGGGAACGACGGCUCGAGCCUCUUCUCCGGCGACCUCUUCGCCGAUGGCCUCGGCGUCAGCGCCGUCGGCGGGGCCCCGAUCCUCUGCGACGUGUCCUGCGGCUGGCGCCGGGGCUGCCUCAGCGCCAUCAUGGGGGGCAGCGGCGUGGGCAAGACGACGCUCCUCUCCGUGCUCGUCGGCGACCUCGACGAGUCGUGCGUGCGGGGCUUCGCGGGCCUCGGCGGCGGCGCGCUGUCCGCGGCCGCGCGGCGGUCGUGCGCCGCGCUGGUACCGCAGGACGACGUCAUGCUGACGACGCUGACGCCGCGGCAGAUCCUGACGUACGCGGCCGCGCUGCGCGGCGUGGGCCCCCGGCGCGUCGAGGCGCUGCUGUCGGACCUCGGGCUGCGGAGCUGCGCGGACACGGUCGUCGGCGACUACGGCGCGGAGGGCGGCGUCUCCGGCGGCGAGCGGAAGCGGUGCUCCAUCGGCAUGGAGCUCAUCGACGAGGACGCGGCGCAGAUCUUGGCCGCCGACGAGCCGACGUCCGGCCUCGACAGCUCCCUGGCCGAGUCCGUCGUCGAGACGCUCGCGCGGACCGCGCGCGGGUCUUUAGCAAAGCUCGAGAAGGACCUCGAGGGCGGCGGCACGGGAUCGCGCGCGCGGCGCGUCGUGCUCUGCACGAUCCACCAGCCGUCCUGGCGCGUGCUGAAGCGCUUCGACUCGCUGACGCUGCUCGCCGGGCGGCCGGGCCGCGUCGCGUACCACGGCCGCGUCGACGCCGCGGAGCGCUACUUCUUCGCGCCGCGGCUCGCCGAGCCCGCGGCGUCGUCCGCGGCCGACGCGUCCUUCUCCGUCGUCGCGCUGGGCCGCCUGGGCUGGGCCAUGGACGAUCCGCGGUCGAACCCCAUCGACGAGAUCUCGCGGCGCCUGCGGGACGCGGCGGGCGCGAAGGAAGCCGUGGACGCGUGGGCCCGGGGCACGAGCAAGGCAGCGGGCGGGCCCGAGGCCGUGGAGACGUCGAGCGCGGGCCACCACGAGCACGCCUACGGCACGUCGCUCCUCACGCAGACGCGCGUGCUCUUCCGGCGGACCAUGGCCGACUUCUCCAGGAACAAGGCGCGGCAGCGGUCGACGCUCACGCGGCCGCUCCUGGCCAUAAUCGCCGGCGGCCUCUUCUGGCGGCGGGGGCACCGCAUGACGGACAGCGACGUCCAGACGGUCUGCGGCUGCCUCGCCCUCGUCAUGAUCCAGACGAACAUCCAGAUCAUGGGCGCGACGUGCCUCCAGAUCCCCAAGCUCAAGGCCCUCGUGAAGCGCGAGCACGGCAACGGCCUCUACGGCGUCUUCCCCUGGUUCCUGGCCUUCGUGUCGUCGACGGCUCUCGUGGAGCUCUGCGUCACCUCAGCCUACGUGCUCAUCCUCUACCCCAUGGUCGCGCUGCGGCCCCAGCCGCCGCGGGUCGCCAUCUUCGCGCUGACCGUCUACGGCGUCAUCCUCUCGGGCGCGUUCCUCGGCACGCUCGUCGGCAGCUUCUGCGACACGCUCGAGAAGGCGCGGGAGGCCUACCUGCCGGUCUGCAUGUUCCAGCUCUGCCUCUGCGGCUACUUUUUGCCGUUGGACUCCAUCCCGGACGGCUUCAAGCCCUUCUACUACGCGAACCCGUUGCAGUACGCGUACUCGAUCCUGGCCAUCAACGAGUUCCACGGCGUGUCCUUCGCCGACUCGAGCGACUGCGACGAGUACGAGCGGCGCCUCACGAACUACACGCGGACCUACGGCGACGACGCGGCCAUCGACUGCUUCGCGACGGGCGACGACUUCCUGAGCAGCGUCGACCUGCACGAGGACCAGCUCGACCGCGACGGGCUGUGCUUCGCCGCGCUCUUCGUCGCGAUCGUCUGCGGCGCCUACGUGGCGCUGCACCACAACGUGUCGCGGCGCGUGAAGCCGGAGAAGCCCCGGCCCUUCCCCUGGGCGCGCGUCGCGAUCGGCGCGGCGCGCGCGGCCGCGGGGACGACCGUCGCGCCCGUCGACGCCAAGGACGCGCCGGCCGCCGUCGCGGACGCGGCGCCGGCGCCGGACCUGAGCGCCGCGGGCCUCGUCGUCGCCGUGGGCCCGCCCGCGGCGGAGAAGGUCAUCCUCCAGUCGGUGUCGGCGACGUGGCGCGCGGCCGAGUGCGGCGCGGUCAUGGGCGGCUCGGGCGCGGGCAAGUCGACGCUGCUCCACACGCUCAUCGGCGACGUCGGCGCGUCGGCCGGGCGGCGCGUGGCGUCGGGCCGCGUGCUCCUGGGCCGCGUGUCCGCCGCGCCCGUCGCGCGGCGCGGCGGCAGCCGCCUCGUGCCCCAGGACGACGUCAUGCUGACGACGCUGACGCCGCGGCAGAUUUUAGCGUUCACGGCGCUGCUCCGCGGCGUCCGGGGCCGCGACGCCGAGGCCGCGGUCGACGAGAUCCUGGAGCUGCUGGGCCUGAAGACGUGCGCGGACACGAAGAUCGGGUGCGCGACGUGCCGCGGCGUCUCCGGCGGCGAGCGGAAGCGCUGCUCCAUCGGCAUGGAGCUCAUCGGCCACCACUCCGGCGGCUUCGGCGUGCUGGCCGCCGACGAGCCGACGACGGGGCUCGACAGCACGCGCGCCGAGGAGGUGUCGGCGAUGCUCCGCAAGGUGUCCCGCAGGACGAAGAUCGUCGUCCUCGCGACGAUCCACCAGCCGUCCAUGCGCACGCUCGAGCGCAGCUUCGACACGGUGACGCUCCUCCACGGCGGGCGCGUCGCGUACCACGGCCGCGUCGACGCGGUCGUCGCGUAUUUCGCCGCGCACCUCGCCUGGCGGCCGGACGAGAAGGAGAACCCGCUGGACUUCUUCAUGAACAAGCUCCGCGAGGACGCCGACGGCGCCGCGGCCAAGUGGCGCGCCAAGGGCGACGUCCUCGUCGAGGCCGCGGAGCUGGAACGGGCGUGCGCGUCCCCGGAAGUCGCCGCGGCGGACCAGACCUACGGCGUCGGCUACGGCCGCCAGUUCGGUUUUCUCUUGGCGCGCUGCGCCGUCGACUUCGUGUCGAACCCGGGCGAGGCCUGCACGUUCCUGGGCACGCGCUUGGUCAUCGGCGUUAUCUUCGGAUUGCUCUGGUGGGACGUCGGCUCGGAGCCCGUCGAGUCCGACGACAUCUCGACGAUCAACGCCCUCUUCUUCAACACCAUCGGCCUGGCCAUGUGCAACGCGCUCAUCCAGACGAUCCUCUACGUGCCGGGCAUCAAGAGCGUGCUCAGGCGCGAGGCGCGGAACGGCCUCUACGCGCUGUUCCCGUGGUACGCGGCGAACGCGUGCUUCCUCGCGGCGAUCCACGCGGCGUCGGCCGUGCUUCUGGUCGUGCCCAUCUACUACCUGGCGGACCUGGGGGACUCGUCGUCGCCGGGCUUCCUGUCGAAAUUCUACGGCGCCGUCGCGUCGUCGGUGCUGCUGGGCCUCUUCCUCGGGCUGCUCCUCGCGGGGCUCCACGAGUCCGCGGACUUCGAGCCGAGCCGCCAGAAGGCCAUCGCCAUCUUCAUGCUCCUCUUCACGUUCUGCGGCCUGCUCAUCCCCUACAACGAGAUGAAGGCCUGGGCCAAGUACUGCUACGACGUCGACCCGCUCCAGAGCACGUACUCCGCGCUCCUCAUCGCCUACUACGAGGGCUGCUACUUCGGCGAGGAGGUCUGGGACGGCACGGGGCGCUACCCCGUCUCCUGCCCGUCGGACCUCGUCGACUCGGGCACGUGCUUCAACACGGGCGCGCAGUACCUCGACAACCUCCACCUCGGCGACGACACCUACGACGGCGAGCUCGGCGUGUCCUUCAUCUCCCAGGCCGUCUUCGCCGUGUUGGCGAUUGUCGCGUUUUCCCGCGCGACCUUCGACGCGCAGUAA